AUGGGGCAUGUCGAUCUUGUGAUUGUUGGAGCUGGCUGGCAUGGCCUGAUCAUGGCCAAGACGUAUCUCGAAGUAAACAAAGAAGCCGACGUUCUCAUCCUUGACUAUGCGGAAUCCGUCGGAGGGACAUGGGCACACGAAAGACUCUACCCAGGCCUAAAGACUAAUAACCUGGUCGGCACCUACGAGUUCAGCGACUUUCCCCUGGUUCCCGAACAAUAUGGAAUUGAAAUUGGUCAGCACAUCCCGGGACAGGUUGUCUACAAGUAUCUUUGUGACUUUUGCGACGCAUAUGGGUUAAACGAUAGAAUACGUUUGAGGACAAAGGUCGAGUCUGCCGAAAUGUUACCAGACGGGAAAUGGGAGAUCUCUUAUUCAACUGGCCCGACAUAUGCAGCCGUCCCCGUCUCGAAUACGUCGAGCCCCUCGAAACGGGAGGAGGCUCAGCUUACUGCUUCGAAACUCGUCUUGGCAACAGGUCUGACUUCUGAGCCUUUAAUUCCCCCUCUUCCCGGGCGAGAGCAUUUCAGUGGUCCCAUCUUUCACGCCAAAGACUUCAAGGCUCGAGCAACCGAGUUGGAGGGCCUUCGGUCAGUAGUCGUGAUUGGAGGCAACAAGUCUGCAUGGGACGUCUGCUACAGUGCCUCUGCUCGCUUCGGCGCCCAGGCACACAUGGUUAUGAGGCGCUCUGGGGGUGGCCCCAGCUGGGUCUGGCCGGCUCGGAUGCGCGGGUACAUCCCAUCCAUUUCCGCUGCAUCGGCGACUAGACUAUUCACCUGGCUCGACCCGAAUCCAUACGGAAGCUUCGCCUGGCCGAUCCGGGCUUUGAUCAAUCGCACUUGGUUGGGGCGGAAGGUUUCCAGCUUGUUCUGGCGCCAUCUGGACACAAAGGUCACCAAGUUCAAUACUUACGAUGACGACCCAGGAGUGAGCAACCUCAAGCCUUGGUCGUCCACGUUCUGGAUGGGCAACUCCUUAAGCAUCCAUAACUAUGAGAGUAGCUGGUUUGACUUGGCCAGAAGUGGCCGCAUCGCCGCUCAUUGUGCAGAGGUCGUCUCCUUGUCGGACUCUGCUGUGCAUCUCUCAGAUGGGACCGUGAUCCAGGCAGAUGCCGUUGUGUGCUGCACUGGCUGGGAGGCGAGACCUAGUCUCCAAUUCUUUCCCGAAGGCCUCGCACCUCGGCUUGGACUCCCUGGCUCGCUGAAUGGCAACCGUAUUGCGGAGAUGAAGGCUCGAACUGAGAUCCUCCAUGCUGCUCCAGUGCUGAGAUCUCAGCCGGUCCGCAGACUUCCAGCGACCCUACGCCCGGAAAGUAUGAAGUUGCAAAGGCCGCUACCCGAGCUCGAUGGCCACAAAGCGGUCAGCACUCCUUAUCGACUGUACCGCUUUGUUUUACCGUACGAUCCAGCUAUCGUACGAAUGAAGAAUUUUGCAGUCGUCGGCGCCCAUAUCACGCUGCACACUGCCAUUCUAGGUCAGGCACAAGCACUGUGGAUUACGGCUUUCUUCCAAGAUAAGAUUCCUCAUCUUGCUCAUAAAUCUCAAAAGGAAGCCGAUUUUGAAGAAAUAGAACGGGAGACGUUCUACCACACCGAGUAUCAGAGGGUCAGGCGCCCAAAAGAGACGGGCGGGAUGGGAGAUAGGUGCCCAGAUCUUGUCUUUGACAGCAUCCCUUACGUUGAUCUGCUCCUAUCGGAUCUCAAUAUGUCUUAUCUGAGGAAGUCCUCGUGGUACAAGGAGGUUACGGAACCAUACAGGCUGUGCGACUACAAAGGAUUGGUCAAGGAAUGGCAAGCACAGGUAUGA